AUGGCCACCACAUCAGCAAUACGAGGGCAAAAUCCACCGCAUGGCCCAAUCGGGUGCGCGGGAGCCGUUUCACGAGCUGCAGGAGAUGCCGGCGCACAGAGGGAGGUCCAAAGCCAAGCCGUUGGUCUUGCUAAGAGGUCUUGGACGUUGAUCCAGUCAAUUUCCAGCACCGAAAAGCGUGGGGCUGGGGACAGGAUCAGCGACACGUAA